AUGGAUCAACACAUUUCCACUCUCACUACCAAAGUGACGCAAGCCAACAUAACAAUACGGCCACAUAACGGGAAGCGCUCAAGGAAGAUACCGAUACCUGAUAAGGAGUUCAUUUUCGCCAUGAGGCGUCUCAAAAGUAACGACGAGUACCCCACCGUUUGGGAAGAGGAAGGUGAAGAAAUGCAUGAUAGCGGUUGCGACAUUUCAGACAAGCCCCAGUCCCUUCUGACUGAGGGACCACGGAAGCAAAGAAAAAAUUCUAUUGCCCAUAAGCUUGGACCUACCCUUCCAAGUGGCCAGAUCAAGACGAGAGAGAGAGACGCUUGUGCUACCACCGCAGCCAUUAUCAACAAGCAUGGAGAGCCGGAAGCCAAAAAGACACUGAGGCAGAAUGCAUCGACUGCCAUCGCUCCAGUGCAUGUCAUGGCGAUUAUCACCAAAUCCAACCCGACAAAGCCCAUAUUGAAUAGGAAGGUCAACACUUAUGGACAGUCAGACUUGAAAAGUCGACUUUUGUCGGAACAAAUCAGGUUCAUCGACCGCAAGAUGGGUUGGACAGGUCCGUUCACAUCACAUAAUCGGAAAACUUCAUUGAGCUGGCACUGGCCAUCUUCCGCUCUCCAGAUCAAGGCAAAAACAUCUCUGCAAGACGUGCUGCAGAAUGACCAGAACAAAAGAGCAGCCUCAUCUUCACCAUCCACAGAUUCCAAGAAGAAGGAGACCGAAUACGUACCUGCCGAUGACUCGGACAACAAAUGGUUCAACCUUCCCGGUCAAAUCUGGAAUACCACCACCAUAUUCCUCACCAACACCGUCGAGAAGCACCUCCCUUUCUACGCGUCCCCCAAGGAGAAACAGUGGCAGGAAGCAACGCGAAUGUGGAAAGAGGAGGAUACCAACAAACGCACGACCGCCCCCAGCGUAACCAGAACUGAACAGGAACGCCGAGAAGCCCCACUAUCACAUCUCUCACAACACCACACCUUGGCUGCGCAACGAGUGAUACACCCAGAAGGAAGUUUCGGCGAGGGAGAAAAGCUAAGGGUAGAAGGGAAGCCAACUCCUUGCUCCUGGCGGAACAUGCCUUACGCAAAGGCUCUUGGUUGGUUAUAUGCUCCGUAUACCACUCCCUGGCGCUAA